GGUCAUCAGGUCUUUCGGCUCCAGAUAAGAGUGAAAGUUAGAAAAUUUGAAGCGACGAGGUUGAUCUUUCGGUUAAUUUCUCGUUCAGAGUAUUUGUGAAGAUGAGUUCUUCGAACGUUAUCUUUUUUAAUUUCGAAACGGCAACGAUGAGAUGUUGCUGUUUACGGGGUCGGGAGGGCUCCGCGUUCUCGGAUCCGGGCUUAUGGAGAGGGACGAGUCGGGUCGGGUCGGUUCGUAAGAAUCCCACGAGGAGAUGCAGAAUCUUUGUUGCGUGUGCUGCUGAUUCGGAGAAGAAUGGCGGGAGAGAGCAUACCAAUGUCGGGCCGGAUUCGGACUCGGAGCGAGCUUCGGGCUCGUUACUGUCACGGAGCCAAACCUACGCGCUGUUGAAACAGAAAAUGGAUGUUGCCGCCAAGGCUGAGAACUACGAAGAAGCUGCGAGGAUACGACUUUCUUUGAAAUCAUUAGAAGAUGAUGAGCCGGUUUUCCGACUCAAGAGGAUGUUGAAAGAGGCAAUCCUUGAGGAAAGGUUUGAGGAUGCUGCUAGGUACCGUGACAAGCUGAACGAAAUAGCGCCCGAGUCUCUUCUGAAGUGUACAAGUGAUGCAACUACUUUGGGCAUCAGGGUUCAAGUUAGGAGUGUUUACAUUGAAGGACGAAGUCAACCACUGAAGGGACAUUAUUUUUUUGCUUAUAGAAUAAGAAUCACGAACAACUCUGACCGUCCUGUCCAACUUCUGAGACGUCAUUGGAUUAUCACCAAUACUGAUGGCAAAACAGAGCAUGUCCGUGGAGUUGGCGUUAUAGGAGAACAGCCAGUUAUACUUCCUAAUACAGGCUUUGAAUACUCCUCCGCGUGCCCGUUAACCACUCCUAGCGGUAUAAUGGAAGGCGAGUUCGAAAUGAAACACAUCGACCGAAUAGGGGCACCGUCCUUUAAUGUGGUGAUCGCUCCGUUUAGUCUCUCCGUGGCAGGAGAUGCCUCAGAUAUUUUCUGAGGAAAAAGGGAGAGAGGUAUCAGGCUUCUAUACGUUUAUUGGUCUGCGUGUAUAUCAUAAACCUUUCAGAGCCUAUAUGUUAGGGACAGAAAUUAGUAGUCUCGGUUAUUGUAUAGAGGUUGGUAUAUAUGGUUUGUAAUAGUUGUCGGGGGGACCAUACUUGUUUUGGGGGAAAGUUUUAGUAGGGAGAGUUGGUGAUCAGAUCCGUCCAAUCUGUACUUAUUGAUUGAUAUCAAUAAAGAAACCGAGGUUGUUUUUGUAUCGAA